AUUCAGACACAAAUCCAAACGAGACUUUAAAAAAAGAAAAGAAAAUUUAAAAGCAGAGAGCCCAAAACAAGGACCAAUCCGCAUAAACUAUAAUAAAAACCACCACUUUUGUAAUUAACACACACAAACAAAAAUUAAGAAAAGAAAAAAAACAAAAGAAGCUGUAAAUUUACCAUAGAGAAAAGGACACUACUACUCUCUGUCUGUCCCUCUCUCCACCUUCACACUCUGCCUAAAAUGGCUCUCUCUGUCACUGUUUUAGCCACCGUCACUUCCCUUCACCUCAUCGCCUUUGUCCUCGCCGUUGGCGCCGAACGCCGCCGCAGCCAUGCUACGGUGGUGCCAGAUAAGUACGAUGAGAGGACAUACUGUCUAUACACAACGGACGCUUCUACGGUGUAUGGAUUAGGGGCGUUUGGGCUUCUGCUGAUAAGCCAAACUGUCGUCAACGGCGUUACUAGAUGUCUCUGUUUUGGUAAAGGCCUUCUGAGGGGCACAUCUUCUACUACUAUGGCCAUCUUCUUCUUCAUCUUUUCCUGGGUAAGCUUUUUUGGAGCAGAGGCAUGCCUGUUAGCUGGGUCAGCAAGGAAUGCAUACCAUACCAAGUACAGAGGAAUCUAUGGCGGUGAACACUUAUCAUGCACCACCAUUCGCAAGGGCGUCUUCGCUGCCGGAGCAGCUCUCACAUUAUUGUCAAUGUUGGGGUCAAUCCUUUACUAUUGGUCUCACUCCAGAGCUGAUACUGGCGGAUGGGAGAAGCACCAGAACGAAGGCGUUGGCAUGACUGCUUCAAGUUAUCCACCGCAACAGCAACAACAGCAACAGAUUGGUGAAUUUGAGAAAGUUUAACAGUGGUUUGAUUAGAUUUAGCAUUCACAGUUUUGGGGUGGGGGAAUAUGGAUAGAGAAAAAAAGACGACAAAGUGUUAGUGAGCUAUGAACAUAUAGAUAUCUGUAUGUGAUAUUACAUUAAUUUCUCAGAUGCUUAAAUAUAUAGUGUUUGUUCAUAGUUGUGAACUCUUAUAUGAAUGUCAUGCCCUAGUUUCCAUGAUUAUGCUUUAUUGAUGUAAAAUUGCUGGAUUAUGGAUUUUACAUAUCAAUGUUAUGGGUGAUUUUUACUUGGGUA